AUGUUCGAGGGUUCUCCCCAAUAUUUACAAGUUCCAAGGGUGCUCGAGAGGAAGCACGGCGGGCCCGUUAACCGGGGAAGGGAUUUCAUCUGGGGGCAAGUCCUCGGGAGCGAGUCCGCAUUGAGUUGGCUAGGAUCUCCGGGAGCUUUCAAGUGCAUCGGGGACUCGAUACCCCGCGGGCACGGGAAGAAUGGUCUUGGUGUUGGAGGGAAGGUUUUGUAUUCGUUCUAGUUCCACCACGGUUUCGGGACGACAGCACCAACGAUUCUUGAAAUCCGUACUUCUGCCACUAGUGACCUGCUAGGUUUGGUGAGAUUUCCAUGAAUUCUAGGUUAUUUGGGCGGUAAUCUGUGCCCGAGAGAGUUCUUGUAGGUAUCCAGAACUCGGCCUUCACGAUGUUUUCCUCUCUGCGUCAUUCUUCUCUGAGACGUAAAUUUGCAUAGGUACGGAGAGGAGCUUUGAUCGGGAACACGGUUCAAAAGCGGCAGAUAUUCCCAAGCAAAGAGACACUGAAAAGCUGAUGCCUACGUUAGAAGGAAUAUUGCGUUUGUGCUCUAGGUCGUGUGAGCGUAGUAUGGUGAGGGUGGUCCUUCCAAGAAAGACUAGGGGGAGUAUGAUACCACCGUGAUUGACAAUAUGUCUGAGGCAACCAUCCCAACAGGUGACGAGGUAGGCCUUAACCCACCUCGGUGUAGGGUUUGAGAACAGUGGUGCAGCAGAAGGCUCCGGCUAUCCUCCAUUAUUGGGGCAUAAAAAUCGGGAGAUUCCACUAACGCACAUUUCCCUCUGACUUGGACAGGUGUACUGCGCAAAGGUCUUGCCACUCAGAAUAGUGGAAAUGACUACCGGUAG